UAUAUAUAGACCCACACCCACACCCACACCCACACACCUUCACCAAACCAACAACUCUUCUUCUUUCUUACUCUCUCGUUCUUCUUUCUCUCUCUUUUCUCACAACUGUUUCAUGCAAAACCGUUUCUAGGGUUUUCACUUUUCACCAUUUUCUCUUUCACAAUUCAACAACAAUCUCUCACUGCUCCUACAACUCUUCGCGAUGGCAACGUGUAAGAAACUCAUCAAUGAUCCCAAUGAAAUCAGUGCUUGCAUUCUUAAUUUCCGAAGUGAAAUGCUGUUUUAGUGCGAAGAUGAAUAUUCAAUGUGUGAAGAUGAUGGAAAUUGAGUUAGAUAGUUUUUUAUUGAGGACUGUUUCUGUAUUUCCUCCUUGCUAGCACAAGAGUGAAGAUUCUGUUAAUUUUUGUUAACUGCUUAUGUAAAAUGUUGAGACUGAAUUCAUUGAUGGUCUUAUGGAGACAUAUCCUACACUGCAGUAUUUAGAUGGCUAUCCUAAGGUGAAGGUUGUGUUUCGUGCGGAUGUUUAUCCUGGUCCACCGUAUGAUAAAGUUGCAGUCAUAUCAGGAGGCGGAAGUGGCCAUGAGCCUGCUCAUGCUGGAUUUGUGGGAGAAGGAAUGCUGACGGCAGCCAUAUGUGGCGAUGUCUUUGCUAGUCCAACUGUUGAUGCUAUUCUUGCUGGGAUACGAGCUGUAACUGGUCCCAUGGGAUGUCUUCUUAUUAUAAAGAACUAUACUGGUGAUCGUUUGAACUUUGGUUUGGCUGCUGAGCAAGCAAAAUUUGAAGGUUAUAAAGUAGAGAGUGUUAUUGUUGAGGAUGAUUGUUCUAUAUAUCCACGUCCAGAGAUAGUUGGAAGAAGAGGAUUGGCAGGGACUAUUCUGGUUCAUAAGGUUGCAGGAGCUGCUGCCGCUGCCGGUCUUUCUCUUGCUGAAGUUGCUGCGGAAGCAAGAUAUGCAUCUCAAAAUGUGGGGACUAUGGGUGUUGCUUUAAAAACGUGCACACUCCCUGGUAGGAUUUUAAGAGAACGUUUGGGGCCAUCUGAAAUGGAACUGGGUCUUGGAAUUCAUGGGGAACCCGGUGGAAAGGUGACUAAUAUACUGCCUGUAGAUGAGGUGGUUUCUCAUCUUCUGAAACAAAUAUUGUCCAAGGAAACAGACUAUCUUCCAAUAACUCGAGGUAGCAGCGUGGUCCUCAUGGUCAAUGGGUUAGGUGGCACUCCUUUAAUGGAACUAAUGAUUGCAGCAGGAAAAGCAGUUCCUCAAUUGGUGUUGGAUCAUGGAUUAGCUGUUGAUAGAGUAUAUACAGGGUCAUUCAUGACUUCUCUUGAUAUGGAAGGUUUAUCAAUUUCUAUCAUGAGGUCUGACCCGUCUAUUCUUCAACUAUUGGAUGCUGAAACCAAAGCUCCUUAUUGGCCUGUUGGAGUUAGUGGUGAUCGUCCGCCUGCAAAGAUUCCUGCUCCAAUUCCACCGUCUCCUUCAGCAAAUAUUGUUGAGCCACAGAGCCAGCCUCUAAAACUAACUGAGCAAGGCCGACUUCUUGAGCUAGCCAUUGUAGCUGCUGCAAAUGCACUUAUACAUCUCACGGACACUCUAAAUGAAUGGGACAGUAAAGUUGGUGAUGGUGACUGUGGGUCGACUAUGCUUAAAGGUGCGAAACAAAUUCUUGAGGACAUAAAAAAUUACCCUCUGAAUAAUGCUGCAGAAACUGUCGGUGAAAUUGGAUCAACAAUUGGAAAAUCAAUGGGAGGAACAAGCGGGAUCAUAUACUCAAUUUUAUGUAAGGCAGCAUGUCUACAGCUGAAAACAAGCACUGAUCCUGUUGUUACAUCAAAACAAUGGGCUGAAGCACUUGCGGCGGCCAUUGCUGCUGUCAGUAAAUAUGGGGGAGCUAGGGCUGGUGACAGAACCUUGCUAGAUGCCCUCAUCCCAGCAUUGUCAUCGCUUGAAGAGAGACUAAAUUCUGGCGAUGAUCCUGCCACUGCAUUUCUUGUCUCAUCCCAAGCUGCAUUAGAUGGAGCUGAGUCAACCAAGCAAAUGCGGGCAAAGGCUGGGCGUACACUUUACGUGUCUCAAGAGUUUCAGACGUCAGUUCCUGAUCCAGGUGCUUAUGCCACAGCAGCAUGGUACAGAGCUGCCGCCAUAGCCAUCAAGGAUAAAUGCAAGAGUAUAUAGUCGUCAAGGAAAAAAUACAAGAGUUAAGCAACAUACAUAGCUGUUAAUGCAAUCUCCUGUUUGUGCGGAUUUUGCCAAGUUUUGUUCCCCAUUUUGUAUCCUGUAACCAUUGGGCUCUCCGCUUAUGUCUUUUCUGUCUGCAUAAUGCUGAGAGAGCGAUUGCUAAUCACUGUUGUAUACACCCAAUUUUAAACUGGAUUGAUUGGAUGUAAAUUUGAAAACUCAAUUACUACAAUUGAUUGACAAUAUACUCUUCUCAUUGUGAGCUUAUGA